CAGCCCUACAGAUAUCAUGGGCGCACUCCUUCUCAUCGACCUCGUCCUUGGAGGACUUGGUUUGUAUAUUGUCAAGAUUCUCCUCACUCCCAAAAAGACACCUGCUCCUCUUCCCCCGGGGCCCAAGCCUAAGCCGCUGGUAGGCAACCUUCCAGACUUACCACCCCCCGGUGUUCAGGAAUGGGUGCACUGGGGAAAACACAAGGAACUAUAUGGUCCAAUUAGUUCCCUUACAAUCUUUGGUCAAACUUUGAUUAUCAUUAGCGACCAGCGUAUUGCUUUCGAUCUCAUGGAAAAGCGUUCGGCGCUUCACUCCUCUCGCCCACGGAUGGUCUUUGGUGGAGAGAUGGUGGGUUGGGAGAAUGCGCUGUCAAGCCAAACGUACUCCGACCGCUUCCGUGCAUACCGUAAGAACAUCCAUGCACUCCUGGGCACCAAACAGGCCGUUUCCCGCUUCUACCCCCACCAAGAUGUCGAGGUUAGACGCUUCCUCCUUCGUGUACUCGAAGAGCCGGAUAAGCUCCUUCACCAUAUUCGGACCGAGGCCGGAGCUAUCAUUCUGAAGAUAUCUCAUGGUUACACGAUUGAACCCCGCGACCGGGACCCGCUUGUUGACCUUGCUGAUGAGGCACUCGUGCAGUUCUCGCUCUCGGUAGUGCCCGGCGCUUGGCUUGUGGAUACACUCCCUUUCUUGAAACAUGUACCUGAUUGGUUACCGGGCACGGGAUUCAAACGCACCGCGGCACGUUGGAAAAAGACGCUUACGGAACUCGCUGAGAAGCCACAUGCAUUUGUUAAGCAGCAGAUGGCUGCCGGAGUCGCCGCUCCCUCGUACACCGCUGCACUUCUAGAGAAAGGUAACCUCAGCUCCGAGGAGGAAUUCGUUGUGAAAUGGUCUGCUGCAUCGCUUUACUCCGGUGGCGCCGAUACUACCGUAUCUUCAAUGGCAUGUUUCUUCCUUGCGAUGACCGUGUACCCCGAGGUGCAGCGCAAGGCGCAGGAGGAGAUUGAUCGUGUGAUUGGCAAUGACCGCCUUCCUACUUUUGAGGAUCGCGAAGACCUCCCGUACAUUGAUGCAAUCGUGAAAGAAGUCCUUCGCUGGCACCCUGUUGCACCAAUGGGUCUCCCCCAUUUGACGACGGAGGAUGACAUUUAUGAGGGCCAUUUCAUUCCAAAGGGCACACUACUCAUUCCCAACAUUUGGGGCUUCAUGCAUGACCCAAAAAACUACCAUGACCCAAUGACCUUCAAGCCAGAGCGAUUCCUCGGAGUUGACGGCCGCGCAGCCGAAAUGGACCCUCAUCUGCUUUGUUUCGGCUUCGGUCGUCGUAUUUGCCCUGGUCGUGAGCUUGCUGAUGCCUCAGUAUACCUCAGCAUUGCCCAGUCUCUUGCCGUAUUCAACAUUUUCAAGGUCACCGAGAACGGCAAAGAAGUGGAUCCUAUUGUCGCAUUCACUCCCGGUAUCAUCAGUCACCCUGUCGAAUACAAAACAUCCGUGAAGCCACGCAAUGCCAAGGCUGAAGCGCUUGUACGCUCUGUUGAGGAAGAGCAUCCAUUCCAACCGAGUGAUGCGAAAGCGCUAUUGAGCCUCUAAAGUCUAAAUGACAUCUCCCACCGCCCAUUGACCCUUGCUCUCGUCCAAUUUAUUACCGUGAUUUGUCAACCCAUCACAUCUCAUCUCACUUUUCCACUUUACAAACCUUUACAAUAUUUAAUAGAGUUCUUUGCUUGGACUCGUUCGUUCCUUUCUUA